AUGCCACCUGCCAUCGGAGGUCCUGUGGGCUACACCCCUCCAGAAGGGGGCUGGGGCUGGGCGGUGGUGGUGUGCUUUCAUCUCCAUGGUCUCUCUUACGCUUUCCCUAAGUCCAUUACCGUCUUCUUCAAGAGAUCGAGUAUCUUCAAUGUCACGAGCAGUCAGGUAUCCUGGAUCUCCUCCAUUAUGUUGGCGGUCAUGUAUGCUGGAGGUCCUAUCAGCAGCAUCCUGGUGAAUAAGUAUGGUAGCCGUCCCAUUAUGAUGUUAGGGGGCUGUCUCUCCGGGUGUGGACUCAUCGCUGCAUCCUUCUGUGACACAGUAGAAGGCUUGUAUUUCUGUGUGGGAGUGGUGGGAGGCUUGGGACUGGCCUUUAAUCUCAACCCAGCCCUGACCAUGAUUGGUAAAUACUUUUACAAGAGACGGCCCAUAGCUAACGGCAUUGCCAUGGCAGGCAGCCCAGUCUUCUUGUCUACUCUGGCCCCACUCAACACCUGGUUUUUUGACCAGUUUGGCUGGAGGGGCAGUUUCCUGGUUCUGGGUGGGCUGCUUCUCAACUGCUGUGUGGCUGGAUCUCUAAUGCGACCCAUUGGACCCAAGCCUCAGCCAACAGGAAAAGAGGCCAACAGAAAUGAGACAAGGGAAAACAAGACAGUUAUGCAGAUGAUCAACAGCUUCAUUGACCUCACACUCUUCAAGCACCGUGGCUUUUUGCUCUAUCUUAUGGGAAACGUGGUGAUGUUUUUUGGCCUCUUCUCACCCUUGGUCUUCCUCAGCAACUAUGCCAAAAGCAAAGACAUCAAAAAGGAGAAGGCUGCUUUUCUGCUCUCCAUUCUGGCCUUUGUGGACAUGGUGGCCCGUCCCUCUAUGGGUAUAGUAGCCAGCACCAAAUGGGUCCGACCAAGAAUACAGCACUUCUUUGCUGUUUCCAUUCUCCUCAACGGCGUGUGUCAUGUGUUGGCUCCACAGUCGGUGGACUACACCGGCUUUGUGAUCUACUCUAUCUUCUUUGGAUUUGCUUUUGGCUGGCUCAGUGCCGUGCUGUUUGAGACCCUAAUGGAUCUUGUGGGUGCCCAACGGUUCAGCAGUGCUGUUGGCCUGGUAACCAUUGUAGAGUGUGGUCCAGUACUGCUGGGACCUCCCUUGUUGGGUAAAUUCAAAGACAUCUACAAUGAUUACAACUACACAUACAUAGGAUGUGGGAUUAUCUUGAUGGUUGCCAGUGUGUUUCUCUUUGUGGGCAUGGGCAUCAAUUACAGGCUGCUGGACAAGGAAGCCAAACAAGAGGCAAAGAGAGCCAAGCAAGAAGAAGAAACUAUCAGGGACGGCGAGGCCAAGGAAACUGCCAGUGACGUGGCUCUACCAUUACAACCAACAAACGAAUCAAAAACUGCAGAGGACACUGUCUGA